AUGGAGGCGGCCGAAGCAGCGAAUGCAGCGAUCCAGCGCAAGUAUACGAAGGACAAGAAGGUCGGAGAGGGUACCUACGCCGUCGUCUACGUGGGCAAGGAGGUUGCGACCGCCCGCAAGAUUGCCAUCAAGAAGAUCAAGGUCGGGCAGUUCAAGGACGGGCUAGACAUGUCUGCCAUUCGCGAGGUCAAGUUCCUUCGCGAGUUGCGGCAUCCAAACGUGAUCGAGCUCCUUGACGUCUUUUCGAACAAGUCGAACCUCAAUCUCGUCCUCGAGUUUCUCGACACCGACCUUGAGGCGGUCAUUCGGGACAAGGCGCUCGUCUUCCAAGGCGCCGACGUCAAGAGCUGGAUGUUGAUGACGAUGAAGGGGCUCGACUUCUGCCAUACGAACUGGAUCCUGCAUCGGGAUAUGAAGCCCAACAAUUUGCUUAUUUCGGCGGAUGGCGUCCUGAAGUUGGCAGAUUUCGGUCUUGCGCGAGAAUAUGCGGACGAGGGGGCGCGGAUGACCUGCCAAGUCGUGACUCGAUGGUAUCGGUGUCCAGAACUGCUCCUCGGGGCGCGGUCGUACAGUACCGGCGUCGACGUCUGGGCAGCCGGCUGCAUCUUCGCCGAGCUCAUGCUGCGAGUGCCGUUCAUGGCGGCUGAGAGCGACAUGGAGCAGCUCAACAUGAUCUUCUCCGCGCUGGGGACGCCGACCGAGGCGGAUUGGCCGGGCUUCGGGAAGCUCAGCAACGGCGCUUCGUUCGAGAAGAAGCCGAAGAACGACCUCAGCAUGUUGUUCAGCGCCGCUUCGCCCGAAGCGAUCGACCUCCUCCAACGGAUGCUCACGUACGACCCGCGGCGGCGAAUCACGGCGCGCGAAUCCCUCCACCACCCCUUCUUCCACUCCCAACCUCGACCAACUCCUCCCUCCAAGCUGCCCAAACCGACCGCCGAACUCGCCCCUCGCGCACUACCGCCAGAGGAGAUCGGUGCGCCGAUGGACUCGAAGGAGCGGCGCGGGAUGAAGCGGAAAGGGGACGGGUACGACGAGAUUCCUGGCGCGAAGAAGGUCGCGAGGAAACUCGACUUUGGCGCGGCGUGA